GAUGCGUUGUCUGAUGUUGAUUACAAUGAAGAAGAUAAUGAUUAUGUACAUUCCUAUUUUGAUAACGGAGAAAAUUAUGGUGAUGUUGGCUCGGAUGAUAAUUUGGAUGACGACAAUGCUUUCUGAGCAAUGCAUUGUGUGUACAGUUUAUGAAAUUUAUUGUGAUAAACUUGCUGUGUUCGUUGCGUGGAUUGUUGCAUACGCUUUCUAUCGGACUAAUAGUUCCCUACUGUUACAGCCAUUCGGGCGUCCUUUUCAAUUUUGUUUUUUUUGA